AGCCAAACAACAAAACACUGCAGUUACAUUUCAGAUAACUAUACUAAACUCAUCCACAUUAACAGGUAGUGAAAUUUACUGGAGGAUUCAGGAGUCUUUGAAGAAAAUUUCUUGUAAUGUGUUUUUUUCUGCAGGAGAAGACAACUCUGAAAUAGCUUGUUCUGCUGUUUAAAGUAUUUAUGCUCCAUGAUCUAGAAUGGAAAAUAUGGACAGUGGAUCUUCUCUGGACAUGGAUAAAGUAAUUAACAUAAAUGAACAGUGCCAUAUAUUUAAGGAGACUGAGCUUUGGAAAGAAAAUGUGGAUUUAUUAGAAAAGAGUGACUUGGGAAAUACUAUGUCCUCUUCCCAUGAAAUGUCAGCCACAAUCAACACAGGGAUAAAAUUGGGCCCUGAUAGCCUUACCAGGAGGCGGGACUUGACUGGUAAGUUGCAUCUGCUGAAUGUGGAGCACGAUAGUGCUGACAAUCCCCCAUAUCUAUUUGAUAGGCAUGCUCCAAGUAGGAUUUCUACUUCUCCAACCUUGAGGAGGCUAAGAAAGAACACAUCAUCAGUAUCUCAAAUAUCUCCACUCCAGGACAGUGCUGAGAACAUAGAAACAGACAAACAGAUGCCACAAGUUGACAUUUUUCUUUCUAUGCAUCCAGAACUUCCUUCACACCCUCAGCACUGUUCUCUCCCAUCAUCCUCUGGCAUUUACUCAAAUACAUUGAUCCAAAUACAACACUCUACAUCAGUUAACCCCACAGCGAAUCUACUGGAUCAUAAACAUGAUUUCAGUGAUACUCAAACAGUGCAAAACAGUAGUGAGAACAACUCUUCUCCAGAAUAUGAAGGAAAGGAUUCUCAGCAAUAUAGCCAGGCCUUGGAUUUACAUAAAUCUAGUAGGUCAGCUGUCCGCAGGCAUAGCUCAGUGGUGGUGAGUUUGCCUGGAUUUGAGAUGUUCCCUGGAGACUUGUUGAUAUCAGACAGUGCAGCACAAUUCCUAUACCAAUCAACAUCACUGCAAAACUCAGAAUCCAAAAGGACAUGGUGGCCAUUUGCUAAAAAAGGAAUUAAUAAAGACAAACAAAAACAAACGGCUGAGCUGGAAUAUUGUCUCUCAACUCUAACCAUUAAAAUGUCCGAGUGUGGUGACUACAAAUUAUACAAUGUAAAGGAUAAAACAUGGCAUGAAAUGUUGAAGAUGUAUCAACUGGAGUCAAAAGCCACUAGUGAUCAGUUAGACACAAAGAAGAAAGAAGCUGUGUGGGAGCUAUUCACAACAGAAUGCAACUACUUUCUUGAUCAUCUGUUGGUUCUCAAAAUGAUUUUUAUGGAUACAUUAAAGUACCUGCAGAGCAAAGAGCUCCUACCAGAUGUGGAUCCUGGCCUACUGUUUGCAAACCUGGAAGAAUUAAAUCAGGUGACUCUAAAUUUUGUAACCAGUUUAUUUAGCACCAUUGAGGAUCAUCUUCUCAGGCGAACCCCCUCCCUUGAUUUCAUCAGUGUACUCACAAAGCAUUUCCAAGGUAACCUGUGCCAGAGCCACCAGAUAUACUGUCUGACUUAUACUUCUGCUAUUUUUUACUUGGAAAAACUGAAAAAAAGAGACGACUUUGGGACCUAUUUGAAAUGGUGUGAACGGAAUAAAGAAUGUAAGCGACUCCGACUAGCUGAAAUGUUAGUUGCACCUUUACACAAGUUGACCCGCUAUCCCCUUCUGUUAAAGAACAUUUGGAAAAAUAUAGAGACAGCAGAGAAAGUUAUCAUUAAUUCACUUAAGGAAAAGGUGGAAACAUCAAUACGAGAUUUGGAAGGUAAAGUGAAAUGGCUGGAUAAUUUUCAGAAAUUUAAACAGCUUCAGGAAAUUAUAAUUUGGCCUUCACUUUGGGAUCAAGACAAAAGACAUUUUGUUCCUGAGUCUCUCAAGUACAUGCUAAGAGAUAAUCCACAUGAAAACAUCUUGUCACCUACAAAGAGAUCACUUGUUCUUGAAGGGCGAUUGAUACUUGCAGCAGAAUCCAUGAGAUUUACCGACAUCUAUCUGUUCUUGUUUGAUGAUUUGCUAUUGAUUACAAAACCUAACCGAUAUAAAAAGAAAUUUGACCUGAGUUUAACACCUGCUUGUUCUUUCUUCAGUCUGGAGUUACAAUCUUUGCUUGAAGAAGGUGGUAACUGCAUGGUACUUGGCCAGCCUAUUCCAUUAGAUAGAAUGAUGGUAAAAAAUAUUGAUUCAUUCCAUAUAACAGCAUUGGGACUACGAAAUGCUUUUCUAAUACAACAUGAAAAUAGAUAUCAACAGUGCAUAGGAGCCUAUUUACUUCAAGCACAAACAGAGGUAUCCAAGAAAACAUGGAUAUCCCAGAUGGAAACAACAAUCACCAACUAUAUAAGAAGAAAUAAUCUUUCAAAAGCUUCAUUUUUCAGUCAACUUGCUGAAUCCUCUGAAAUUUAGCUGUAGCUUAUAAUGUUUUUACUUUUUUAAUGUUUUUCAAUUUUUAAAGAAAAGUGUUAAAAUGUUUGGAAACCUUUUUGAAAUGAGAGUACUCUUUAGUUUGAACAGAGUUCAGAGAAUAACUCAUAUGAACAUAUGCAAAUAUCAAUGUUACUACCUUGUUUCCCUGAAAAUAAGACCAAGUUUUAUUUAUUUUAUUUUUGUCUCCAAAAGAGGCACCAGGGGGUAUUUUCCACAGUCUCACCUCACGGCGGUGGCGGCACCGACAGCCCCGCCCAACCAGCCCAUUUCUUCUGCGACCAAAGGAAAUGCAUCUGGAAUGGAGUUCCAGAUUGACACACGCAGUGCCCCCUGGCCUGCAUUUUGCUGUCAGAGGCCUCUGCAGCCAAGAACUAAGCUACGGAUUGAAUCCAGAGCUCCCUUCUCAGCUACAGAGGCCUUUCCUGAAGGCCUCUGCUGAUGAAGUGCAGGCUGGGGGCCCCCGCAGAAGUGGGCUAGUGAGGCGAGGCAGGUGUCUAUUCAUGGGAGGCCUGGCUGCAACGGUAAGCAGGUGCGGAGGGUGUGGGGCAACUCCACUCUCCAUCCCUGCACUAGCUUGAUUUUUAGGUGCGCCUAGCCCCAAAACUAGGGCUAAUUUUGGAAGUAGAGCUUAUAUUAGGCUCACCCCCCAAAAAAUCAAACUAGGGCUUAUUUUUGGGCUAGGCCUUAUUUUUGAUGAAACAUGGUAUGACCUUUAGUUCAUCUGCAUUUACUAAUAAACAUAAAUGGAAAAAUAUAAGAAUAUUAAAUGCCAUUAAACUAACAUUUUACUUAC